AUGAAUUUUGUAUCAGCGCGAACUCCGGGCACAGUGGAACAGCUAUGGCAAUUGCUUCAGCCAGUAGAACAGUUCUUACUUCGAGUAGUGACAACAGUACACGAUGAUAUUCGUCACGAGAUCUUCACCGCUAUUCUCGACAAAUUCUAUUCAUAUAUAUCUGACCCACAAUCGGACGCUUGCCCGGCAACUGCUGCUGUUCUUAUUGUUAUCGACGAAUCGGACGAGGAAAAUGCUCUUUCCGCUGCUCGUUGGUUAGUUCAACAGCGUGAAAACGGACCGGCCGGAGCCGGCCACCGCGCCGCUCUGUCUUGUCUCUAUCGCUGGCUCUACGAAUGGCACGGCACUCCUGCACUCGGAAACUGGCUCGUCGCUUACAUCAAGGCUUUAGAGGAAAAUGAGAGAUUCGACGUCCUCAUAGAGACGAGUGUAGACAACGUCGCUAAGCUGUUCUCGUCAAUGAGGCACCCGGCGCAUUUGCAACAAAAGACCGCGGACCCUAUUUUCCACGUACUUGCUUCAUUACGCGAAUCCGCAGAGGCUUUUGAUAGGAUUUCGUCUCAUGUCGGCGAUGUGCUCGUAAACCUCGCGGCUGACAGUGGUCAAUGGAGUCGGCAACUCUUACAGAACUUGGUUGACAUUCUGACUGCUAUGGUCGACGGUAUACUAGAAUCUAUCAAGGGUGACGCUCAAGACUUAUUCCGUGGGAAAUACGCUGAUGUGAUCCUGUGUCUCGAGCGUCACAUGACGUCCCGUGGGUGCAGUUACCUUCAGCUACCAGCGUGGCGUACUCGCAACGUCUGCCUGCCUCUUAACCCUCACGUACCGAUGAGGAAGGUCGGUCUGCUGAACCUCGGCAAUACGUGCUACAUGAACAGCGUGAUGCAAGCGCUACUCGUUGCCAGGCAGUAAGUAUAAAAGUAA